AUGGAGUUAGACCGAGGAUCCGUGACCAGCAACCCUGACACGCCCGACACGCCAGGAGCGCCGACCGGGGAGGGGCCAAAAUGGCGUCGCGGGCUGGACCCUCGAGACGUCGACCGCCUGAAUCAAGCGCAGCAAGACCGGUUCGCCAUCGUCGAGGAGAUUCCGGUGGAGGGAGCGAGCCUGGGGGCCUUCACCGUCGUUUGCCUGUUGUUCAAUCGACAGAUAGGUUCGGGCAUCUUCACCAGCCCCGCAGUGGUGUUUUAUAACACGCAGAGCAUUGGCGUGUCGCUCCUGAUGUGGCUGUACGGUGUGGCCAUGGCGCUAUCGGGGCUCGUCUUGUAUAUCGAGCUCGGACUGACAGUCCCGAGAUGGGAGUUUGAGGAUGGCACCAAGAUCUCAACGCCUCGCAGUGGUGCUGAGCUUGUCUAUCUUCCCAAGUACCUGGCAACAUGCAUCUUCGGGGUCUCGUUUCUCGUCUUUGGCAACACAGCGACCAACUCGGUUGCUUUCGCAAUGUCAGUCGUUCAAGCAGCGGGGAUUCCUCCAAGCUCAGGCAAUAUCGUGGGCAUCGCCAUGGCCGCCAACACGUUCUCGUGUCUGUUGCACGGCAUGUCCCGGAGAUGGGGCCUUUGGUUGAACAACCUCCUGGGCAUGCUGAAGCUGCUGAUCCUGAUCCUGUUGAUCGUCUUCGGCCUGGCGUGGCAUGACAAGAGCCUCUCAAACGCCAACCUCGACAGUGCCACUUCCUUUUCCAAGACACCCGCCACUCCUCACGGCGUGUAUCGAUACGCAGAGGCCUUGGUCAUGGUCAUGUUUCCAUUCGGAGGGUUUCACCAGGCGAACUAUGUCCUCGCCGAGAUCCAAAACCCCCGAAAGAACUUUGCGCGGGCUUCCAGCAUUGGCGUUGGUUUGAUCUGUGUUCUGUUCAUGGUGCUCAACAUCCUCUAUGCUGCAGUGAUUCCCAAGGACGUGCUCUUCCAGCCCAACAUAGACGUUGUCCUCGAAUACUUCAAGCGCACCGUUGGGCGGGCUUCCUCUGACCUUAGCCAGGUGCAAGCUGCCUGCGGUGCCCUUAGAGCCCUCUCCGCCAUUGGUAAUGUCAUCGUUUUUACCUUCACCGCGGCAAAGGUGAAGCAGGAAGUAGCCAAGGAAGGCAUUUUCCCGUUUUCCCUGUAUCUCGCUUCAAGCUACGACUUCUCGUUCCGUCAUGGGUUUCGCCGCCUGCCAGCGCACGAGGAGGGUCACCGGCUGCACAGCCAUAAGGCCCCGGCUGCUGCGCUCCUCCUGCACUGGACCGUUACCACGAUCCUCAUCUUGGCCGCUGUGCUCGGGACUGCCAGAGGGACUGCGAUAGGGGAGCCCUUCAGCCCGCUGCCGGGAUAUUCCCUCCUGACCACGGCAUAUGCCUACGGCCUCGACAUCGUGUGGUUCACCCUGAUUGGCGUCGCCAUGCUGCGGUUGCGGCUGUGGCCGGGCAGUACGUGGCGCUCCAAGUCACCAGUCCCGCACACUCUCGGGGUGAUAGCGGCGGUGGUGUUUACCGUGACCAAUGCGGUUCCGUUGGUGGCGUUCUGGAUACCGGAUCCAAUGCACAUGUUUCUGUCGCGGUCAAAUGGCAAAGUGCCCUGGUUUGCUGGUCAGACAAUGACUCUGGCGGUGAUUGCGGCGGCUUUCGUGUACUGGGUUGGGUUCCGGUCGUACUUGUGGCAGAGGCGGGUCAGAUACGGCGAGGAGCUGAAAGUUACGCGGAGUCCUGUCUUCUGGAGAGGCCAAGGGAGCCAAGGGCUAGUGUUGUUGUAUGAGAUCAUUCGGCUGCAAUGGAAGGACUGGGUUCCAGAGGGAAAGAGGCAGCAGCCAGACCGUUUAGGGGUCGGGGUUCCGGGCUGA